AUGUCGCUGCGCGGGCCGCCAGCAAGCAGCCUCUAUGGCUUGGUCGAUAUGGGAAGCAAUGGUAUUCGCUUUUCCAUAAGCGACUUGUCCCCAGCAACAGCACGAUCUCUACCAACAGUCUUUCAAGAUCGCGAGGGUAUUUCAUUGUACGAUGCCCAAUACUCGACUGGUGUCAAGGGUCCCAUUCCGCAAGACACCAUCGAUGCCGUCGUGGUUUCGCUCCUGAAAUUCAAGGUCGCAUGUACUGAUUUCGGAGUGCCGCCGACGAACAUUCGUGUCUUAGCUACCGAGGCGACGAGGACGGCCGAAAAUUCAGAAGACUAUCGAAGACAGAUUAAGGACGCGACGGGAUGGGAGAUCGACCUCUUGCCCAAGGAAAUUGAAGGAAGAGUUGGUGCGUUGGGCGUGGCGAGCAGUUUUGCUAGUGUUGAUGGACUGGUCAUGGAUUUGGGAGGUGGAAGCACUCAAAUCACCUGGAUGAUCGCCAAAGAUGGCAAAGUACAGACCAGCCACAAGGGAUCCUUUAGCUUUCCCUAUGGCGCAGCCGCCAUGUCUCGUCAGUUGGCUGAGAUUGACGCUCAAGCACAUUCGGGGAUGGUCCAGACGGAACUGAAGGAGAAAAUGAAGCAGCAAUUCCAACAAGCGUACAAGGACCUCGAGCUGCCAGACUCUCUACAGCAACAGGCCAAACAUGGUGGACUCACCCUCUAUCUCUCCGGCGGUGGUUUCCGGGGCUGGGGAUAUCUUCUCAUGUCACAGCACAAGGUGUCCCCUUAUCCCAUCCCCAUCAUCAAUGGCUUCCACGUGCAAAAACGCGACUUUCAACAGACCGCCGAAAUCAGCACCGUCGCCGCCGAAGAAUCCGUCUUCCGCAUCUCGAAGCGCCGCGCUGCACAGGUCCCGGCCGUGGCAUUCCUGGUUAACGUCCUAGUCGAAGCCCUCCCGAUGAUCCAACGAGUCCGCUUCUGCCAGGGCGGCGUCCGUGAAGGCUUCCUUUUCGACACUUUAGACCCCGCCACAAAGGCCCUCGAUCCCUUACAGGCCGCCACAGCACAAUACGGCACCAGCUCGGCACCACAUAUCGCGACACUCCUUCUUGCCAGCCUGCCCGGCGAGAAUGACCUGGACCGCUUUAUUCCCACAACAUUCACACCACCGUUCCUUCGCGCCGUCGCAGACAUGAUGUAUCUACACAGCCCGCUCCCGAAGGAAUCGCGCUCUCUCUGCGCCCUCCAAGCCCCGCUAACCGGCGCACUCGCCUCCGCACACGGCAUCAGCCACUCUGACCGUGCACUCCUGGCGCUGGUCCUCGCACGCCGCUGGAACGUCGACCUUGCGCCUCCGAACCACAGCGCACAGCAGCGCCUCCGCGCGAUAUUGUCGCCCCAGGAAGUCUUCUGGGCAAACUAUCUCGGCGCGCUGGCACUGCUGAUCGGGAAUGUUUAUCCGGCCGGCCGCGUCGUGGACACUGCAAAGCCGCGAUUGGUGUUCAGCGCAAGCUGGGCUAAGGGUUUGGGGAAGAAAGGGCUGCAGGACGGCGUGAGGUUAACGGUCAAGUGUAGGAAGGAGGAGGCGAUGACGACCCCGGCGGCAAUGAAUGAUUGUGUCAAGGAGGUGGAGGCCGUGGGGAAGAAGAAGAACCGUGUCGGUGGGCGAGACCAUGGAUACGGGGUUCCCGUUGAAGUCGAUAUCUUGAGGGUGCUUGACUGA